AUGGCGGCGACAAACACCUCGAUCAGCUCCAGCUGCCACUGCGGCGCCAUCACAGUCACAGUUCCCCGACUCCCCGAGUACAUCAACGUAUGCCAAUGCACGAUUUGUAGACGCUAUGGCGCCGCUUGGGGCUAUUACCAUCCUGACGAAGUAAAGAUCGAAACGAAGCCGAACGCAGUGACCAAGCAGUAUGUCUGGGGCGAUCGAGACCUGUCUUUCAACUUCUGCGAUAACUGCGGUUGCGUAUGCUAUUGGUGGCCCAUUCGACCUCCGCCUACUGACGGAGGAAAAUACAAAAUGGGGCUCAAUACAAGCAAUGUCAAUCCCGAGCUCCUGAAGUUCGUCGAUCGAAAAUUUGAGUAUUCGGUUUUGAUGAGCCCGCUGCGGUCCAAGGACUCGGCGCAUCCUGAUGAUCCGGCCAAGUAUUGA